GGUUGUCGAAAACUCCAAUUUUCAUGAAUUUUUUUUUUACCAUUUUUUUCUAUUAACAAUUUCCAAUUUUAUCUCACAAACUUCAUCAUUUUUUCUCUCUUCUUCAACUAACCAACCAAUCAUAGCUACAAUUGUAGCUGUAGCUAUGUUACCUUCUUCCACCAUACCUUCAUGGCCUCCUCGUAGCUCAAUUCCCAUUUCACUCUCUUUCAAAUCAAGAUUAACCUCAUUGAAUCCUCAAUUUCGUGCUGCUUUGGUUGAAGCAAAACCAUCACCUAAUUCCCUCGAGGUUCCUUCUCUUCCAAUUGAUCGUGCUGAUGACAUUCAAGCUGAGACAAAAGCUAUGGCUCGUGCUGUUAAUGCUUCUGUUUAUACCCCCGAACUUGUUGCUUCAAGAUAUGGUUCAAAACCCUUCAAGGUUGUUGGAAGGGCAUUUGAGAUUGUGUUUAGUUUAGGGUCUUUUGGGUUGAAGCUAUUGUGGGAGCAAAGGAAUGGAGUUGGUGAUAAGAAUAAGAGGGUUCGUGCUAUUGAGCUUAGGACUAUAUUCACUAAGCUUGGACCAACUUUUGUCAAAUUGGGUCAAGGGUUGUCUACUAGACCUGAUAUUUGUCCAAUUGAGUAUCUCGAAGAGCUUUCGGAACUUCAAGAUGGUUUGCCGACAUUUCCUGACGACGACGCCUUCGAAUGCAUCGAGAGGGAAUUAGGAUUAUCUCUCGACUCUAUUUUUUCUACGAUAUCUCCUUCGCCUAUAGCCGCUGCUAGUUUAGGUCAGGUUUAUAAAGCUCAGUUAAAGUACUCUGGCAAAGUUGUUGCGGUCAAGGUGCAACGCCCAGGGAUUGAAGAAGCUAUUGGAUUGGACUUCUACCUCAUAAGAGGUUUAGGGUUUCUGAUAAAUAAAUACGUGGAUCGAAUCACAACCGAUGUUGUUGCACUUAUAGACGAGUUUGCUUGUAGAGUCUUUCAAGAGCUCAACUAUGUGCAGGAGGGAAAAAAUGCGAAGAGAUUCAAAAAAUUGUAUGCCGACAAGGAAGAAAUUUUAGUUCCCGAUGUUUUCUGGGACUAUACGAGUGCGAAGGUGCUAACGAUCGAUUGGGUUGAUGGUGUAAAACUUAACGAGCAAGAAGCAAUUGAGAGGCAGGGACUAAAUGUGUUGGAUCUGGUAAACACCGGCAUACAGUGCAGUCUCAGACAACUUCUCGAGUACGGGUAUUUCCAUGCAGAUCCUCAUCCUGGUAAUCUUUUGGCUACACCCGAGGGAAAACUCGCUUUUCUUGAUUUCGGGAUGAUGAGUGAGACUCCUGAAGAAGCGAGAUAUGCGAUAAUCGGUCACGUUGUUCACUUGGUUAACCGAGAUUACGAAGCUAUGGCUCAAGACUACUAUGCUCUUGAUUUCUUAUCUAGGGAUGUUGAUGUGUCCCCAAUUGUUCCCGCACUUCGAAACUUUUUUGACGAUGCACUUGAUUAUACCGUUAGUGAGCUUAACUUCAAGACAAUUGUGGAUGGUCUCGGAAACGUUUUGUAUCAAUAUCCAUUCAAUGUUCCGGCAUACUAUGCAUUGAUAUUAAGGUCUCUGACAGUUUUAGAAGGUUUAGCACUAUACGCCGAUCCGAAUUUUAAGGUGCUUGCCGCAUCGUAUCCAUAUUUUGCUAAAAGGCUCUUAACAGAUCCAAAUCCAUAUCUAAGGGAUGCUCUUAUUGAGUUACUUUUCAAGGAUGGCAAGUUCAGGUGGAAUAGGCUCGAAAACCUUCUAGUUCAGGGAAGAAAAGAUCGAGAUUUCUCCGCUAAAGAAGCUUUACAACCAGCCUUAAAGGUACUGUUGAGUCCCGACGGUGAAGUUCUAAGGAAUCUAGUUAUCAAAGAAGCCGUUCGUGUAUCCGAAGCUUUCACUCUUGGCACAAUUUCCGACACAUACCAGUAUGUUCCCGCCUUUUUGAAGACCCUUGUCUUAAAUGGUUCUGCAAAGGAGCCACUUCUGACGUCAGAAACCGAACGGCAAAACAUGAUAGAGCUUAGAGAUCAAGUUAUUAGGAUAUGGAGACUUUUGCAAUCCUCUAAUGAUUUUGAUCCGUCGAUUUUGCUACCGCUACUUCAGGUUGUUCAGCAACCGGAGGCUCGUAGACUUGGGGGGCGUGUUGUAGGCGGAAUCACUCAACGACUCGCAGCGCGAUUUCUUCUGCAAGUACUCGGAGCACCAAAUUCAGCUUCUACAUAGAUUGUGUCACACCAACGGCUAUAUAAGAUUAUUGUCGACCGGAUUAUAAGAGCUACCAUAAUAGAGAUGAGAAAAAGUAAGAGAUAAUUCUUGAAAAAUUAUUGUAUUUUAUUUAUUUUAGUCGAAAAACCUGUAUAUAUAUUUGAUAUCGUCGUCGUUAUUGAUGCGGUUUCGUCGCAAUAAGCAUCAAGAUAUCACAAUGUAACAGUAGCAGCAAUUGGUCAAUUAUUUUCUUAUACUAUACAUACACAUUAUUGAUAGCAGAUGAACCUUCAGUAAUCCAUGGAUCAAGAGGGGAAAAUAUCAUAUAAAUCUGUUACAUUAAUUGUUCAAUUAUUUUUUCCUAAAAAUAUAUUAAUAGCUAUAGAUUUUGUUUUAAGAAAUAGUAUUAGUUUUAUUUAUUUAUUUAUUUAUAUGGUCUAAUUAUACUUCUGACCCUCUAUUUUAUCAUGCUCAUGAGAAUGAUUCUAUUUAUUUAAAAAUAUAGUUUUUUUUUUAUUUUUUUUUAAAUUUUUAUCUUUUAUCACUUUUAUUUCAAUUUGGCCUUAAUCUGAAUUUU